AUGGCAUUUCUCGCCCCCCUCCCGGUACAGGCUUCCCCGCGCCGCCACACGGCCCUCCUCUCCCGCGCCCGGUCCUUCCCGCCGCGCGUCGCGCGUCGCCAUGCCCACGCGCGCCCUCUGCGCAUGACGGCGUCCACCCCGGUCGAGUCUCUGCCGCUGUCCCCCAUCGCCUCGCUCCGGGGCGUGAUCGAUCUCCCGGGAUCCAAGUCGCUGUCCAACCGCGUGCUGCUGCUCGCGGCGCUCGCUCGCGGCCGCACCACCAUCCGCAACCUGCUGGUCUCGGACGACAUCCGCUACAUGCAGGAGGCGCUCAAGGCCCUCUCCGUCUCGUACGAGACCACCGCCGACGGUGCCUUCGUCGUCGACGGCUGCGCCGGCGCGUGGCCCGUGCAGACCGCCGAGCUUUUCUUGGGCAAUGCUGGUACGGCCAUGAGGCCGCUCACGGCUGCCUUGUGCGUCGCGAAGGGCAAGGGGGAAUUCGUGCUGGAUGGUACCCCGAGGAUGAGGGAGAGGCCCAUCAACGACCUCAUCGACGCCCUGCAGCAGCUCGGCGCGGACGUGGAGUGCUCGGAUACCGGGUGCCCGCCGGUUCGUAUUCGGAACACGGAGGCGGGCUUGCCAGGAGGAGUCGCGCGGGUGUCAGGGAAGAUUUCGAGCCAGUAUUUGUCCGCUUUGUUGAUUGCCGCCCCGAUGGCAAAUGAAGAUGUCACCAUUCGCAUUACUGACGAGCUGGUUUCGGUGCCAUAUGUCAAGAUGACCAUCAAUUUGAUGAACAAGUUUGGCGUCGAUGUCCAAGUGGACGAGGGAAAUACGGAAUUCGUCGUCAAGAAGGGGCAGCAGUAUGUGUCGCCUGGAGAGUACUUUGUGGAAGGGGACGCGUCAUCGGCGAGCUACUUUCUGGCGGGCGCCGCCAUCACGGGAGGACCGGUCACAGUGAGAGGGUGCGGGAGUGAGAGUGUGCAAGGUGAUGUCGACUUCGCACGUAUCAUGGGGCUCAUGGGCGCGAAAGUCGAGUGGGAGGCGAACAGUAUCACCGUAUCGAGGGAGCCUGGCACGAAGCUUAAAGGAGUCGAUGUGGAUUGCGUGGAUAUUCCGGAUGCAGCCAUGAGCCUCGCCACGACAGCUUUGUUCGCAGAGGGUCCUACUGCGAUUCGGAACGUGUACAACUGGCGCGUCAAGGAGACAGAGCGCAUGAAAGCGAUUGUUACGGAGCUGAGAAAGUUGGGUGCCGAGGUCGAGGAAGGGCGUGAUUAUUGUGUCAUUCAUCCGCCGAAGACGAUCAGGGAAAAUGUGCCAAUCGAUACGUACGAUGACCAUCGCAUGGCCAUGGCGUUCUCCCUCGUCGCUUGCGGGGGGGUGCCGGUUGUCAUUAGGGAUCCCAAGUGCACCACCAAGACUUUCCCGACUUAUUUUGAUGAACUAGCAAGGAUGACAGCAUCGUCGUAGCAGGAGGAUCUUUGAUAGCUUCAGUGCGGAGCAUGAUUUUAGACAGCAGAAAGGCACAUGAACAGACAUUCCAUAAAAAACCGACUCCGACAUGGUCGCUUUAUUCAUCAA